AUGGAAUCAAAAUUUCCAGAUCUUCGUUUCUUCCGUGCACAAGAGAGUAAGUAUUGAGAAUGGUUAGAGACCAAACUCAUGUUUAGUUUACCUAUGAUCACUUUGAAAUAGGUUGAGGACUACACGAUUGGUUACAUGAAGCAGGUGAAGCUAACAUGAUUUUAUCUUUGUUUUUUUUCAGGGAGUUUCUCGAACCCUCUAGAAUACUGCAGAGCGGGAGAACGUGAGAUCAGCUCAAAGAGAAAGUCUGAGGAGCCGCUCAAUGAAAGACCCAGCAAGAGGAGCAGGACGAGCCUAAGUCCCUCCAACAGCUGCAACCUGACUGUCCACUGUCCUUCAUUGAGUUCAGACUCCUCCACCAAGUCUUCUGUCCGCUCAGGUAAGAUGAGAAAGAAAUUACAGAAAAGUUAAUUAAGCUUGUGUUAAUUGGGUAAAUGCUACUUUGAGACAUAAGAGCAAGUCAUGUAUCAGAUAAAUGGAACUGGAUAGUCAUGUACCAGUGUGCCUGGUUUGGCAUUUGAUGUUGGUUCUCUGAUUUUUUAAUUCAUGUCAACCUUAUUCUAGCUGGCUUCCAUAAAUAAUAUGUUUAUUUUUGUGUCCUCUCUUGUCUUCUUGGUUGUCUCCCUUGUUCAGAACACAGCUGGUUCCCCUCUCUGUCCACCAGCGAGUCUGUGCCAAAGACGAAGAGCAGCAGUAAAAGAAAGGCCCCCACUGAUGUGACUGAAGAGAGCCCGAGAAAGAGAAGCAGGCUCACCAUCACUGCUGAAGACCACCUUGAAACCUCCAAAGGGAACCGUGACAUCUCAUCAGCAGAGAUCAGCAAUUCUAACACAAGAGGUAAGAUGGCAAAGAAAUGAAAUUUUUACAUAAAGGCCUUAUGAAUUUAAAUGUUGAGUAUGUUUGAUCAUCGGAGUACAAUUCUUAGUAGUAAGUAAGACUAUUUUUAUCAAACUGUUUUUGUGUGUUUCUUGUUUUUGUAGCUGCCCUCCAAGCAAAAUACACAGAGAGGGACCUGCUUGGAAAAGGAGGAUACGGGUCAGUCUAUGAUGGAUAUAGAAAUGAGGACAAUCUACCAGUAAGAUUAAAUAUUCCAUACACUUAUGUACCAGUGUAUAAACAUACCCUUGCUUUUUUGCUUUGUACUCAGUGUGAGCUAACCAUGGUCUUCCUGUGUUUCUUCUAGGUUGCCAUCAAACAUAUUCCUCAAAAGGGCGUUAAGCGCAUAUCGGUAAGUAAGGAACUGUGUCCACUCACAGCUGUUGAUUUUUAUAAACUGACAGCGCCCAAUACCUCAGUUUCAGACACUUUUCACAAUGUUACAUUGUUAAAAAAAUGUCCUCUGUCACUUCAGUUCCAUGACAAGUGACUGAUUUUAGUCUGUGAGAAAAUGCUCCAUAUGUUCUUAUUCUAUUUUUUUAUAUUAAGAUCAAAGAGGAAAACAUCGACUCUGUCCCCCUGGAGGUGGUGAUGAUGCAGAAAGUGCAGUCAGGAACCCCAGGAACCAGUGCAGCCGUGGCCCUGCUUGACUGGUACGAUCUAGAAGAGGAGCUGAUACUCAUCCUAGAGAGACCAGUGCCCUGCAUGGAUCUGUAUGAUGCGUUAACAAAAGGAUGCCGCAUGACAGAGAAUGGGAAAAAAGUAAGUACUUGAUGAAAUGAGUUUUGCAAUGUUUUCUUUUUAUACUGUCUGUCUCCACCAUGAUACUCAAUCUGUAUAUAUCUCCCUUUCCACCUCAGAUCCUGACAAAACAGCUGGUAGAUGCCCUCAUAGAGAUCCACUCAAGAGGAGUUUUCCACAAUGACAUCAAGGUGGACAACAUCCUGAUCGAGUAUGGCUCUGCAAUCCCUCGUGUGAGACUUAUCGACUUUGGCUGCGGCACUUUUCUGACUGAGGGGACGUACCAUUCAGGGCAAGGUAAGCUAUCUCUCAAUGAACAUUGUUUUUUAAGGGCUUUCCACAAACAUCAGGUAGUCAGUCAAUGUAAAAAAGUAGGCCACUUGCAGUGUUAGCAGUCACUGUAUGAAUUGAGUUUGAGAUUUUAAAAUAUUAGAUAUUAGUAAGUUACCAGUGGUCUUUCUUGCCAACAGCCAGUGUAUGUGGAAAGCCCUGUUCUCUUUUUGAAACCUACCAAACAAAGUUGCUGUGUCAGUCCACAACAUCUUUCCUAAUCUCCCCUGUGUGUGUGUCUUUUGUAGGAACCCCUGAUUUUAGCUCCCCUGAGUGGUUCAUCACUAAGAGCUACAGAGCUGAACCAGCUACAGUAUGGCAGCUUGGAGUAGUAGUUUAUGCUAUGGUUCAUGGACGCUAUCCUUUUGUUACCACUGCCGAAAUCAUUAAGAAAGAGCUACAUGUCAAUGGAAAACUUUCCAACAGUAAGUAAUCACACCCACAUAAAGUCAGUUUAAGCACAGUUAGAUCCACAGUAAGUGUUUGUAUCUGACCAUUGACCAUUUCUGUUUUGUCUCUCCAGACUGCAAGGAUUUUCUGUUAAAGAGUCUGUCCAAAAAUCCAGAGACUAGAGCAACCCUGGCAGCACUAAGGGACCACCCAUGGCUGGUAUAAAACAAGCAAACAAUCAAACACAAAGGCUCACUGAGGAGUACAAGUCCGAGGUCCUCAUUGUCAAACCAGAGCCAAAGAUCUAGAC